AUGCGUUUCCAAUCAUUGCUGCUUCUCGGCCUCCCUGCCGUGAUGGCACUUGUCAAUGCCGCCGAACCAGCAGGCGAUGUCUAUCGAUCGCCAUCAUAUGCAGUGGCGCGUCGAGGCAUCGCAGACAGAACUGUGUAUGCCGCCGAGCCAGGAUUGGACCUGGACCUAGAUCUGGUAACUGGCGAUGAAGAUGGGGAAGAUGGCCCUGAUUCCUUUGCUGCCGAAGCCGGCGACAUCGUUCGGGUGCCCGUAAUCGGUACUACUACCACCACCCCGACCUCAGAACCAAAGCCCAAGAAGACGAUAUCGGUAUCAACGUCGUCAAAGCGCAAGACCAAGAAGCCUACCACCACGGUCAAACAUACGUUGCCACCGACAACAACUACAAGGGCAAGGACAAAGACGACGACGACGACGACUACAGAGGAUGACAUUGGUGACCCUACUCCUCGUCCUCCCACUUCGCAUACAACAACAAAGUCAAAGUCGCAUCGUACUCUGCAGCCUUCACAGUCACCACCUUCGUCGCCCCCUCCUCAGCACACGGCACCGACGACGACCACCAGCCCUGUUACGGUCCCCCAUACGACUACAACUGAGUCUCAUCAAGAAAGCCCCACAGUUGAGCCUCGUAAUCCCGAGACUACGCCUCACACAACAGGAACUCCCGCACACGAGAGCGGCGCGUCAACUGUCACGGUUCCUCCAACAACCACUACCACGACUACUGCCGGCAGCAUUAACCCUUCCCAUGAUGGAUCUGUUAGUGACUCGCCUACACCAUCGACGCCAACAGGACCCCACGAGACGCCAGCUCCUACCGAUUCCAGCUCGGUCACUGCGACAGUGUCUUCAUCGCCAAUGGCAUCACCCAGUGUGUCAGUUUCCGUGCCCGUGUCACCCUCGGUCUCCAUCGAGCCUACACAGUCAGUCUCGGUCUCCAUCGAGCCUACACAGUCAGUCUCGGUCUCCAUCGAACCUACACAGUCGGUCACUCCUAUCGAGAACAGCCCCAGCUCCAUCAGCGUUACAGCCUCGCCCACGGUGACCCCAUCAACAACGCCCAGCCCGACCCUCAUCUCUGGACGACCCAGACCCGGCAACGACACGUUUACACUGCCUCUGCCCAGCAACGGCACUUUUACUUUGCCUCUGCCCACCAACGGCACUUUUACUUUGCCUCUGCCCACCAACGGCACUUUUACUGUGCCCGUCACGACUCGUAAACCAAGACCCACUGGCACCUUGACAACAACAGUGAGCAGUAACUCGACCGCUACAACAACUGUGCGCACCACUCAUGUUCCAUCUCCCACGGUCACCAUUCCAACCACAACCACCACAACUACAACAACGACCACAUCCACCACGACCACAACCACGACCACCACUACGACCACUACUAAGUCAAAGUCUCAUCGUCCUCGCAAGACCACGACGCCUUGGUUGCCCAGUUCGAUCGAGCCCGUUGCCCCUCCUAAGACAACCGCGACUCCUUCGCCUGGCACCUCGCUCCCAGAUGUGGUCAUCCCCAACCUGCACCCGGAUAUCCCACCCAACUCGUUUAAUGUCCAGUUGAGACUCCAGCACGUCUCGUACUACCAAGUCAUCUAUAACGGCGUCCUUGCAGCUCAAUUGGUCUCGUUCAUCCCUGAGCAGCUCAGCUCUUUGCUCAAGGUCGACAGUGACGACAUCAUGGUCCUGGCGAUCCGUGAUGCCAGUCGCCACACUGCUGGAUCCAAACGGUCUCUUCGACAACGCGACAACAGAAUGGACGACCGAGGCGAUUUCAGGAAACGGGGUCUGGUCACCAGCAACAGUGGCGACGAUGCCGUCCAGGUGAUUGUGUCGAUCCCCAAGAGCCACUACUGGGCCCUCUCUGGAUUGCUCAAGGACUCCAAUAGCGGUCUGUACACGGCUAGCCCCGAAAACUUUGGUCAGUACAUUGAUUCGGACUUCCCACUCAGCAACCGACCUCCUGAGGCGGCGUCCAAGGGUGGAAGCAGCAAUACCCCUUUGACUGGAGAUAAUCUCGGCACUGGAGACCCCAACCUGGUGACCAAUGCUGGUACGAGCGGCGGAUCAACUUCGAAUGGCGCCAUUAUUGGAUCGUUGGUUGGUUUGGCGACGGUCGCGUAUGUUGGUAUUGCGAUGUUGGUGGUUCGCCGGUACCGCCGGAGACGACAGGCAGAGCAGGAUGAGGCCGAUCGGAGACUGCAGCUCCAGAGGAGCAUCUCUGCGCCUAUCACCGCCCCCGUCAACGUCCAAGGUGGAUCCCAGGGAUGGGGAUGGCAAGGCCAGUAG